AAGGCAUCUUGGUGCAAAUGGUGAAGGGUUUUGAUGUGAUGUACGAAUUUUAUCACAAAAAGAAAACACAUUUAUCUCAUACAUAGACUAUCAUCAGUUUAUUACUUUGUGUCGGUCGUCUGAGUUUCGAUUCAGCUUAAGUCGAUCACCGGAUUGGGGACCGGGACUCUGUUUGUCCGUUCGGUCCCGAGCUCACGCUGCUCACCGGACCGUUUUCGACCUGAGUGCCAAAGUUUUCUGAAAUUGAACAGAUCCCAACAUCCUCACCCCCCCCCACUAUUUCCCCCUCUCAGUAUAUGCCCCUAUCGCUAUAAGUACAACGGGGUGCGGUCCGUGUGCUGAUCGGGCAUCGGGCAAGGGGAUCGAUUUAGUAUACUAACGCUACCACAACCCAGCUAGCAAAUGCUUGUUUGUACAAUCAGCAAAUCAGCUGUUAGAAUUGUCUGUUCUCUAGUGCCGGUCGUAGAUCCAGGAGAACGCUACUAUUCGCUCCCAGUGUUUUGCUAUAAAUGUCACCUUAACGCUUUCUCAGUAACCACACAACACACAACCUCACAAAAUUUAAAAAGAAAAAACUCACAAACCACACUCGCUCACAGAAAUACACUAACACACCUCGAGAGAAAAAAAAACACACACACACACUAACACACGGAAUGUCAUUGUUGUUCUUUCGACGCAAAGAAAAUGGUAUGGGUCUGAAAAACAUUAAUGCUGAAAGGUACCACAUCCACAUACAAAAGGCAAGAUGUACGUGUGUGUAUGAUGUGUGAGGAGAAACAAACAAACAAAAAAAAGCAGAUGAAAACUAAAAUUAAGCAAAUUGCAAGUACUAGGCACCUAUGUAAUGGAUGCUACCAGGGACAAGCAAGCAAAAAGGGAAAGGGACAGCAACAUUUACGCAAAACCAUGCAUUAUCAAAUUGUGUCAUUCGAUUCAUUCGGCACACAUACAAACAAACACAAAAUUGGGCUGUUAAACAAACUGUUACAUUAGACGAACUUAGUUAACAAUUGGCAGGCGGGAUGAGAGUUGUGCUGCUCCAAAUCGUUAAAGAGAGAGAAAGAGAGAGAGAAGUUCGGAAAGCAAAAAUUUACUAACCGGUAAAAGCUGUGUACAAUUAUCGCUAGAGCUUGGUUUUCUUUUUACUUAAAUUAUUUUCUUUUUUGAGUUUUUCGCACAAUCGCAAGCUUUAGAGCAAGUAGUUGGCUAACCGUUUCUCGUUAGGGCCACCGUCGUCCAAUCGAUUGGCUAAUGUUUUUUAGUGAGUUGUUUUAGAUCGAUCGCCAUCGAGCGGCGGCAUUGGUUGUAGUAACGCAUCCACUCACCAGAUGGCGCGAUUCCGUUUAUGGGUGUGUACAUUUGUGUAUAAAACUAUCAACUAUAAGGAACGCAACAAGAAACAAACAAAAAAGCAAACGAACCAUUCACAACUCGGCAGUAGCAAGCGAUAGGAAACGUUGUUUGUAGCGGGUUUGUAGCGUGUCAUCCAGCGCCUUUGAUUCGUCCGUAAUCAUUUACAGCAUUUAUUGCGUCUAACCGUAGCAUCGUUUGUAUUAGUGUGAACGAGUGACUGCUAUACGGCUAACUAAUCGACUGAUGAGUGAUAAGAAAUAGUAGAGGACGAAGCGGAUCGGAUUAGUAGGGCACCAUCGGUCAAUCGGGAACGCUCCGUGGUUUAGUAAGAUUGCCUCCGAAAUUGUGUUGCUUGAACCAGCCGUAAUGUUACGUGGAGUGAAACGAAACUUUCCCCGGGCACUAACACUCCAUACUCUACCAACCAAUGAACCAGAGCUGUCCUGGGUGCUUCACAUGAUUUUGAGAUCCCGUCUUUCGCCCAUCUUUUGUAAAAAAAAGGCCUGCAUUUAGAACGCAACAGAGAGCUUCGCUUUUAUUCCCGAAACUGAGCGCGGUGAGCAAUAGUAUGAUUUGCAACUGUCCCCACUCUGAUAGUAUCGGCCAGGGUAACUGCAUCCACCUGGCACAGCUCCUCUCAAACCCAUCAAACAUGGCAUGCCCAUAAUUAUGGCACACUAAUACGACUAGCAGCAGUAAAGAUGGCGAUUAUACACGGUACGUUCGGGUCAGGAUCGGAAAUCGCGACUGUUAUUUGAUAUACUGUAUACUCGGUCGUAAGCUGGUUUCUGAUCACUGCUAACGAGAAGCUACAUUAUGGAAAGCAAAUCGAGCAAAACUAUCGCAAAGAAACACACAUAAGUGUGUGUGCAGAGUAUGGCAGAGCAAUCUUAGAAAAAUCCGACACGCAACACGACAGGUCUUAUGAGGACAGAAAGGCAGAAAAAGACACAAAAACGAAGCAAAACAAAGCAGAUUAUAUACUUAUAUAUAUUUAAGAAGAUAGAAAACACGCUGCUUGAUAGGUGUAAGGCGUAGAAAGGAAGAAAAACGGAGAUGGAAAAGCUUCAUUACCGGGAGAAGAAAAACAAAACGAAAGGAGCAAGCUAAGUUAGUAGAAAAGAAAGCUUCGUACGAUGUACAUAACCGUUGAUAAUUAUUUAUAUACCAAAUACCUAACUAAUCACACAAACAGACAGACACACUGUACGUACAAAUCAACGUACUAAGAAAACCGAACAAGGAUGCAGCAGCGACGCAAUCAGACGGGCAAAUAGGGGAACAGCCGGGGUUUUCCAUAGCAGAAAACACAACAGCUAAAAAAAGGGAAAACAAAGAAGUGAAAACAGAACUUUAAACACACUUGUAAUCAACACAUAUUCAAAACGAAAUGAACCGUAAACCACCCCCUGAUAUUUGUAGCAUUUCUUCAACUCGAUAUAUGGUUUUUGCGGAAAGGGAACUAGGAGAGCGCCAAAGCUAGACCAUAAAAGAAAAAAAACAAGGAAAUAGUAAACCAAUGAACGAUAAAAGGAAAAUGGAAUAAAUCAAUCUAAGCUGGCUGUUCGCAUAUAAUCAGGCAAGCAUAAUACAGACACACACUCACACGACAAAAAGGUAAAUGAAACUUAAUCCUAAGUCCCGGAGGAGAAAGUGUAUGUCUUAUGUAUAAAAACAAAGAAAAGGAAAACUAGAAAACAAGCAUCUAUGUAUAAUAAAACUUUACGAAACACACACACAUACAAAAAGCUAUCUAACUAUAGGAGGAAAAGUGAAUAAAAGGCAGGCAGAAGCAAGGAUUAGGGCAAGCUGGAUGAAAAUUCAUUCACAAAAUCUAACACGCCACAGGUCACUCACCGCAUCGGAACCAAGGCAUCACUAAUCACUAGUAAAAGCAACAAACCACCUAGAAAACCGAGCUGUCACCGUAAAUACUAAAGCAACACAGUCAUUCAUACUAAGCGAAAGAAAAAAAAGAAAACGAAAACGAAACAUUCUUUCACUCACCCCAAAAAGGCGUAAGAGAGAAAGGAUAUACGUAUAAGCUCAUGCAACAAAACAGGAGGAGAAAACGAAAGGAAACAACAGGAAAAGUGUAACCAGUUUUCCUCUCCUUCACCCCUCAUUUCCACAUACUAAAACACACACACACUCACACACGCAAACAUAUAUAAAUAUAUGCAUAUACUCAUGUAAAACUAUUGAUAUUAAAGUGCGGAAAGCCAACGCGUAAUAAGUGUAGUGAACAGGGGAGGAAGGAAGAAGAAAGGAGAACAAAGCAACAGGCUAAAAGCUACUAAUGCCCGGAAAAACACACACACACAAACAAACAAAGAAACCGAUACAAAGCGCUUUCAGAAGAAAACAAAGAAGAGAUAGGAAAAUUACGAGGUGAAGUAGAGUGAUUUGCUUUUUUUUGUUGGAUUGUUUUUCAUCUUUUCUUUUAUGUUUUAUGUUUUUUAUCUUUGUUAUCGUCUUUUUGUGCAAAUUUUUAUAUCUCUCAUGUUUUGUUUUGAGUUUUUCUUUUUUUUCUAUACUUUUUCAUUUGUUAAAUUUUUUGAUAUUUAUUUUUUCCGAAGUUUUUUGGAAAAGUACUAGAGCUUCACAUGGAAUAAACAAAAAGCAAAAACACACAUAACUAAUACAAAUGCGAGCCCGUAGCAAACAUGGCAGAAAAACGAAAGGUAAACUAAAUGAGCUAUCGGUUUAGAGGGAAGAAGCUUCGGUAAAAAAAAAAGUUGUACGAGCCAGUGCGUAAUGAUUAACCGUGUGUUUUGUGUCUCGCUGUUACAACGGACUGCUUCUGUUUUCUGUUACAGCAAUCCACUCCGUGCGCUGUUGCAAAGAGAAGGCAAGAAGCCCGAAGAAGACGAAUGAAAAACAAAACGCGAUAGAGGAAUAGAAUAUAAAACACACACGCUGUAAAAAUAACGAUGACUUUGCUAUGGCCAAAGUACGAUGUUUGUUAAGUUUUUCCUUCUGAUGCUAGAGAGAGAGAGAAGUGUAGCUAAGCUAAGGCGACAUGAUGAUGUGCAAUCCCCCGCUAGACACCGCUGAAGGGAGUCGAUAUGAUAUUCAUUCCUAUCGUGUGAGUGUGUGCGCGCCCUGCAGGCUGGAUCCGGCGAUCCGGAUGCGUUACACUUUUACAAGAAGAAUCUAACCUUCUUCCGCUACUAUGUGCAUUUUAAACGUGCAACAGCCAUGUGACGCGAAGUACAGCACCCCAUAGCUCAUACACCCGUCUCAUCAUCAUCGUGGCGCAGGCCGGGCUCAGCAAACGACACACAAUGAUAUUAUAAACCA